AAAGAGAGUGAGUGAGUGAGUGAGAGCUUGGUUGGCCUCGAACUUCGACGGAGGACGAAACAGUGAAGCAAGGUGAGCGUGCCCGCAUUUCACCACUUGAAUCUCUCGGACUAGUGGUGGUUCAUCAAUUCCAUGCAGUUGCGAGGCUCUCGUGAAGGAGGGAGCAUCUUGACCCUCAAUUACAUUAGUUUCGCCUCUCGCCAUACACAGAAUUGGUUUCUCUGCGAAACGAAUGAGCUGUCGUCUACGGAGGUCGGUUCAGUGUGGCACAAUUGGCUGGGAUCUUGCCAAACAACCCAACCAAGAGAUAACAGAAUUCUGCAACAACAAGGUUGAUUCCAAAAGCAUUGACAACGAGAUAGAGGAAGCAACCAAGGGGCCCCAGCUUUUUCUUCUGACUCGACUCCUUCGCGGCCUCACUACAUCCAACCUCCCACUUCUCAACUUUCCAUCAUGAGCCAUGCCCUCACACCGCCUUCGCCUCCUUCUUUUGCUACGCCUACAUAUCAAUCCGAGGACGACUACGACGACCUUUUCUCUGACGAGGACAGCGCUCCACCCAAAGGCAAGCGAUUAGCUCCCGUGGGACAAGCGGCAAACGAAGACGAGAUGUCUGGACAAAUUUGCGGCAUGCUCAAAAACAACGAGAACCCCCACUUUAGGCAUGAUUUUGCGGAUUUCUCCAAAGCUAAUGGUAGCGAUGGGUGUUCCCAAGAACUUAAAAGAAGAAUUGAGGAAAUGGAGGAAGAACAAGAGGAGCUGAACAACUCGUUGAUGUCCAUGACGUCCCACUUUGCCAAGUUGCAGUAAGCACAAUAGUCCCUCGCACGGGCCUUCAAACACAGCGGCCGAGCUCGAUGCUCGUCACCGCGCCAGGAUCGCCAAGUUCCGCUCCCGCACCAAAUCCGAGCAAGAGGAAAUCCGCCAGCAGACCGUCAGUAUUCUCCAGAAGGCCAUGGCGGUACUCCAGCUCACAACCAUCUCCCAGUUUGGAUGUGGGGCUGAGCAGUUUUCUAAAAAUACCCUUAAGCGAACCACCAAAGGCAAACACUACGGGGACUUGAGAGCACGCUUGGAACUGGCCGUGGAUCACAUGCUAGAUGCGUGCAGUACGGUUGAGUGCCUCACGGACACGGACUGCUCGACCUCGAUGGCCUCAGAAGCAGAGGCUCAACCUGAAUAUCUGAUGGCCUCACCGCAAGUCACAUCUAUUGCUCGCAAGGAACUAGCACCAGCCAUUCGAGAUCUGAUUCAACACGGUCUGAUUCAGACUUCAAGCUCGUCCAGUAUUGUUCCAUUCAUGACGUGCAUGUCCAAUCGAAGCUCGGCCAAAAAUCGGAGCAUUCUCCACGCUUGGGACAUUAUCCUCCAUUUCUACCGUAUGAAGCAAGGACCUGAAUUCAAUUCAGCACCGCAAAGGAAACUCUCCGCCAGUUUUGGCCUUGAUUUGGCCGGGUCGGCCACAAGUAAUAAACAGUCCCUGCUCUCAACCAUCGGGAACAUUUUGAACACCCACGGCCAAUACAAGCGAAGCCCAGAUGCUCACUUCAAAGCCUUCAUUUGUGAGGGACUUAACAAAAGGAAGCUAAUCCCAUGGUUCAAACUUCUGUUCCGGAACCAAAGUAUCUUGGAGACGUACUAUCAAAAUUGGAGUUAUGUGGCCAAAACAGGUUUUGACGAUGCUCUGAGGUUGAUUGAGCGUCUAUCCAUCUACGUAUUUGAUAUCCCGGUGGACGUGGCAGUUCGCCACUUCAAAGACAUGAGUGAAGCUUUCUAGCCACUCCGCCAAACCGAAACAAAUCCAUAUCAAAGUCAUAUUCAAUCACUGUUUUCCUCGCUCUCUUCUACUCUGACUGCAGCAACAAGCAUUAUUUUGUGAUACCGAAAUAUCCAGAUUCCUGCGAGUUACUUAAAAACUAUUUUUUAAAAUUGUCCGAGAUAUACAUACAUAUAUAUUCCGCAAUAACAUUCCAGCUUAUUUCCCGAUACAAAA